GAUAAGUCUAAGCUGUUCGUUUCCGCUAAUAAUAUUAUUCGCCGUGUGCCGCACGCACUUUUACUUUCUUGAAGUACAUUUCCAAAAUUUGUUGUUGUUGCUGAAAAUGGUAGGUAACUCGCAGGAAUACAAUGACUAAGAAUGCCUGCCAAAUCUAUUAAAUCCACCCAUUCUCUGAGGAGUUCCACUAAAGUUCACCCUCAACCAUCUCUUCGUUCUAGCCUAACAACAAAUGGAAGCGAGUUGCAACAGGACCAGCGUGCCAAAUCCACUUCUUCUGCUAAGAACGAUGCUUACAAAGAAGCUCUUCAACGUAGUCUCAUGGAGUCGCAGAUAGAACGAGAUUUUCUAAAUGGAGCAGCUCUGUCUAGAUAUAACACUGGCGCGGAGGACCACGCCCUCUUUUCUGAAGGCACCUUGUCAGAACGCAUGCUCACCAUAACAACAACUGGAGGAUUAUCAUUUGGUACACCGGCGACUGGUGAAGGGGACAUUGAAGACAUCACAGCGGAAGAUUUUCCUGAAUUCCGUAUCGAGACGGCUGCUGACAAGAUGAAAGUGAACCUUACGGAUGACCUUAUUGUUUCCUUGACAACUAGGGAGGAGGAUAGCAAGUUAGGGAUUAACGCUGCGUGGCAGAGCAUCAACGAGAUAAGAACAGACAUAUUCGAGAGUCGCAUAGCAGAGAAGUGCGUUUGGUUUGACCUGAGUGGGAACAGUCUGCAGUUCGAUAGUUAUGCAAGAGAGGAAAAUGUUCUGGGGACUGUGAAGUCCAGGCAAAGUUCUCCUUGUCAUGUUCCGGACAUUUGGAGCUCGUUUCAGAGCCUAGAAGACCUGACAUUCGGACAGUCGUGUAGUGAAGAGAGCACUUGUAAACGAGGGAACCUACUACGGAACAUCCCCUUCUCAAUCUUCAGUCUGACUACUCUGAGGGUACUGAGUUUUAGCAGCAACCAUCUCCAGGAGGUCCCCAGAGAGGUGGCAAACUUAGUGAACCUAGAAAAGCUUAGUUUGGACGACAACGAGCUCCUAGAAUUUCAACCAGCACUGCUUGAUCUACCAAAACUGAGGUUCCUCGACCUAGACAACAAUUCUCUGGAACAUGUUGAACUGAACACCUUACCUCGAUACCUGAGAUGCCUCCGACUGAAGGGGAACAACAUCUCCCACAUCUCUCUUCUUCCCUGUAAAAACAGUUUGCAACAACUGGAUUUGUCCUGCAAUAACUUGAAAAACAUCGACAACAUAUCUUUCAAAUGUUUGGUUAAAUUAAAGUUCUUUGACUUGUCUUCAAAUGUUAUAGAAGAGAUUCCCAGUUUGAUCGGGAAACUAGAGAACUUAAGGAAACUUUAUCUUGAUGAUAACAUGUUAGAGAUGCUGACUCCGUCCAUUUGCUUGCUACAGAAGCUGAACGUUUUGAACCUCUCAGAGAACAGUUUGACCGACCUUCCCCCGGACAUUGGACCUGGGUUGUUUGAGGGAACUCAUGUCGAGAACAACGAGCUAGAAACACUCCCUGUUGAACUUGAAAGAGUACCUAGACUACUGACUCUCUGCCUCAGUGGAAAUAAACUCGUAGCAGUUCCUCCGGUCAUCGCACGUCUGCCCUACCUCAGAGAUCUUCUUCUUUUCAACAACAAGAUCAGAAAACUGGACAUGUCAUUAUUGGCACCUUGCCAUAAUUUAGUAGUUCUGGGGCUGGCAAUGAACAGGAUCAAGGUUAUACCAGCCGCAAUAUCACAGCUUGAGUCAAUCAGAAUCUUGCAACUUGAUGGAAAUCGCCUGACAGCCAUACCAGACGAAAUGAGUGAGGUAACAACACUAAAGUAUCUGAGUCUAAGCAACAACAGAAUAGAGUAUAUCCCUGACACUUUAUCCUCGUUAUCUAAUCUAGUUGGCCUCCUCAUGGACGGCAACUCCCUGACAGAGGUACCCACAUCAAUAGGUCAGCUCCAGAACCUCCGAGUCUUAUCAGUGAAACACAACUACAUAGAAACAAUCCCGGAAUCAAUCUCCCUGCUGGUGAACAUAGAGCUGGUGGACGUGUGUGAUAACAAGCUGACCAGACUCCCCACCACCAUCAGUGAGUUUAGUGAGAGAGUGGAACUGAAGACAAACAACAACCAGCUCACUCUGCCUCCGCAACAGGUGGCUGAUAAGGGUAUCAUCAGUAUCAAGGCCUUCCUGGACGGGUACGAGGAUUCUGUUGAGGUGGAAAGUAUCCACUCGGAGUUUGAGACUACUGCUAUCUAG